AUCAUGUGACAGAACUCUCAGAAACAUUCUCCUCUUGCCUAGCUCCUCUUGCCUCUCUACUUGUUGUAUGUGUCUGCACGUCUGGUACAUGGUAACUAGCGGAAAAAUUUAAAGCACUUUGUUAGCUGUAGACUACUUUGCUGAUUCCAACUAACACGUUGUGCCAUGACUAUUCUACCCAAGAAAAAGCCAACUGAGUCUGAGAGUGGUUCAGACAAUGACAGCAACAACAGCUCCAGCUCUCACACAGCUGCUGGUCAUGUGGUGGACCCUCUACCUGAUGACGGUACCUACCACAGCCCAGAGGGGUACUUCCAUCGUAGUAGGUACGACCUGAGUUGCAGUAGUGGUGAGUCGUCCCCAGAGCUCUCUCCCCUCAACAAAAGGGCUGGCUAUAGACCAUCCUCAACAAACGCUGCUGCCACUCGCGCCAAGAAGCCUCCCCUUGAUGCAAGCCCAGGCUAUAACAGCUCUGAAGAGUACGAUGGACCUCACGGCAGAUACACUUAUCUCGAUCCAGAGAGAGAAUGUCAGUUUGAGCAAGCCUUGAAAAGUACAACUGGGAUGGUCAUCAAGAAGAUGAGACCUGACGGGGCAUGUUUGUUUAGAGCAGUCGCUGACCAAGUGUAUGGCGACCAGGAGAUGCAGUCUGUAGUCAGGAACCAUUGCAUGGACUACAUGAUGAAGAAUGCUGACUACUUCUCCCAGUUUAUUACUGAAGAAGAUUUUGAACACUAUGUGAAUAGGAAGCGCUCAGACAAGUGCUAUGGUAACAACAUUGAGAUGCAGGCCAUGGCAGAGAUGUACAACAGAGCAAUCGAAGUUUAUCAGUACUCUACAGAGCCAAUCAACAUAUUCUUUGGUGUGUACAAGACAGACAAUGCCCCGAUCAGACUGAGCUAUCACGGCAGGAUUCACUACAACUCUGUUGUGGACCCUUGUCAAGCCACCAUUGGAGUAGGAUUGGGGCUGGCUGGAUUCACACCAGGGCUUGCUGACAAGAACCUUCUCAAGGAUGCUACUAAGGAGUCUGAAACCGUGCACAUUGAGCAGGCAAUGUUGGAGGACAAAAUGCGCAGUACUGACUGGGAGACCACGUAUGAUGCUUUGGAGGAGGCAGUGGCUAGGGAAUCCUAUCUAUCCUGGCUCAGAGAAAACGAACAAAGGGGAUUAAAUGGCACUCAGUCAACAUCUGCAUCAAGCCGUGGUACGUCCUCUCGUCACCCUACUCUUCCCCCUCCAAUCACAGCGACAUCUUCAGCUUCUCAGUCCACACCAGGCACCCCUCCACAUUCAAGCACAGAUGUCAGCUCCCCUAAUGCCACUAAGUCCGUUACAGUCAAGCGAGGAUCUUCUCAUAAGAAUCUUCAAUCUGACAAAACCACUAAACUUGGCAAGUCUCAUUCGGCAGUGUUCCACUCUUCGGAUUAUCGCGCUCCUCGUAGAGCCAUCCCAUCCCCUCCUGGGAGUUUCUCCUAUCGUAGUUCUUCUGGUAAUGGCUCUGUGCGCGGCUCCCCAUACCACUCCCCUCGAGAUUCACCCAGGAAUGGAUCGUUGAGGGGGUCUGCAAGAAACUCACCCAAAGGUGGGUCACCGAGAACUUCAGCUCAUAACUCCCCUCGAUCUUCUGUGUCAAACAGUCCCUCCCCUCCGCCAUCUUUAAUCACUGCUGUGAGCUAUACCAGUGGAGGGAGUGCACCAUCUUCACCACAAGAAUUGGUACCUCGACGUUCAAAACCUAACAGUCCCAAGCAAGAGUCUCCCAGGUCUGGACCAACAACUCCUCUAACUAGAAGAUCUCCUGUUGAUACCAAUGAGGGGCAUCCAACUUCCGCAGGCUCACAAACGCCACCACUCAACCUUGAUUUUGAGUCCGGACAAGUUGUCAGUCAAUUGCCUUUUGAGUACAGCUCAUUUCUCGAUCUUCCACCAUCUGCACUUGGCCUCUCUGAGUGGGAAGAUGACAGAGUACUGGCUGCAGUUUUGGCUGCAUCCCAACAAGAAUACAUCGACAGUUUAAAAAGAACCUCUAGAGGGGCUGAGGGCUUAUAGUUAGCUUAUUAAUUUUUGUUUUGUUACUGUUAUCUUAUCUGGUAUUAAUCAUGUAUUUAGAAUGAAAAGUGAUUAUCUGGUA